AUGAGCUCGUACUUUGUAAACUCCUUCUCGGGGCGUUAUCCAAAUGGCCCGGACUAUCAGUUGCUAAAUUAUGGCAGUGGCAGCUCUCUGAGCGGCUCUUACAGGGAUCCCGCUGCCAUGCACACCGGCUCUUACGGCUACAAUUACAAUGGGAUGGACCUCAGCGUCAACCGCUCCUCGGCCUCCUCCAGCCACUUUGGGGCGGUGGGCGAGAGCUCGCGCGCCUUCCCUGCGCCCUCCCAGGAGCCCCGCUUCAGGCAAGCGGCGUCGAGCUGCUCCCUGUCCUCGCCCGAGUCCCUGCCCUGCACCAACGGCGACAGCCACGGCGCCAAGCCCUCUGCUUCGUCCCCCUCCGACCAGGCGACCCCGGCCAGCUCCAGCGCUAAUUUCACCGAAAUAGACGAGGCCAGCGUGUCCUCGGAGCCCGAGGAAGCGGCGAGCCAGCUAAGCAGCCCAAGCCUAGCUCGGGCGCAGCCAGAGCCCAUGGCCACCUCCACAGCCGCGCCCGAGGGGCAGACUCCGCAGAUAUUCCCCUGGAUGAGGAAGCUUCACAUCAGCCAUGAUAUGACCGGGCCGGACGGGAAAAGGGCCCGGACCGCUUAUACCCGCUACCAGACCCUAGAGCUGGAGAAGGAGUUCCACUUCAACCGCUACCUGACGCGGCGGCGGCGCAUCGAGAUCGCCCACGCGCUCUGCCUGUCCGAGCGCCAGAUCAAGAUCUGGUUCCAGAACCGGCGCAUGAAGUGGAAGAAAGACAACAAACUGAAAAGUAUGAGCCUGGCUACAGCCGGCAGCGCCUUCCAGCCCUGAGCCCGCCGGGAGGAGCCCGGGGCGGCCCAAGAGCCCGUGCUGCUCCCAGCCCUGGCCCCUCCAAGCCUCCCCGCGCUGCCGCUGCCCGCUGGGGACCGGUUCCCACGAGCCUGCCUCGCCCGGGCCUUGUGCUACGAUUUUUCGUUUGGUCUUAAGUCUUCCUGUGGCUCCCUCUCUCUUGGACUGGUUAAUCUUGUUAUUAUUGUAAUAAUAAUGAUAAUUAUUAUUUUCCCACCAUGCUCCCCACUCCCCUCUGCUCACCCCAAAUCCGCCAGUGUUUCUGAACGUUCGUGUCUGUGGUUGCACUCCUUCCCCCAGGACAAAAAGAAACUCGCAUGUUUAAUGUGAACUUUCCCCUCCCCAUCUGUGUUCUUCUAACUUAUUUAUAA